UUUGUCAGUAGGAUUGUUUCAUAAUUAUAUAGAAUCGUGUAUAAGUUAUUCCCUGUUCACUCACGUUAUGCAUAUGCAUGUAUAAUCCGUAUGUCACGUGAGAUGACUGCAACAACAGCACUAGGUAACAACUUGAUCGAAGUGGUUUUAAAUUAAUAAUCACGCUUCCUAUUUUCACCCGACUUAAGGUUGAAAGCAGAUUUGAUAGUCUUACAAUGUAAUAUACACCGGCUUCGCUUUCGUCAUACAAAUUAACAAUUGUUAAGGCAUGCGCAGUACCCUUUCGUUCUGACGUAUGCUAUCACUUUGCGUUGUCUAAAACAGAAGCAUAUCCGUGAAUAUACCUUGGUAGCAUACGUUAUUACUACAGACAGCAGAUUGUUCAACCAGCAUCCAUGUAAUAUCUACUAAAGCUUCUGAUAGAGUUAUUAUUUUCCGUUCAAUCUGUAAACCUGGACUCUGUAGAGCAAACCCUACGACUAGGGAAUGUGUAGGUGAUUUGAAAGGAGUGGGUUACGUUUAGAAGUCCACCGUUGACUGUUGACGAGAGCGUGCAGCAAUUGACAAUCUGGUCUCUUAGCAAGAAUAUAUGUGCCUACUAUUUUUUUUAACCAAUGGUGUGAAUGUUACCAAAUACUCAACGAAAGGAGUCAUCGGUAUGAAUGUCGUAGGUUGCAGUUAUAACAGAAAGAAUGGACUUAUCUCACACAAUAUCCUGGUGAUAAACGUGGAAGCAGCUAUCGUAAUUUAUCUCGUUUAAAUUGAUCUUGUAACCUUUUUAUUGGUUCGCUCAUUUCCACAUUCCUUACAAGCGCAUACGUACGUUAUUUCACUCAGAAGAAAAAUAAUUGAAAUGGCAAAGCAAUGAAUGGCUGUUUAUUCUCUGACAAGACUACCAUAAGCCGGUCGACAUUUUAAUUGUUAAAUUUUUACCAACAGAUUCAUUUUGUAUAUUUUUUUACAUAAUAUUGCAUUGGCUAAUUAUGCUAUACUUGGUACAUUCCAUUACCUGCAAUGGGUCAUCUCACAAAACAUUUACUCCUAUCAUCGAAAAUAAGAUCAGGCGUAUAAAAUUUCCAAUUUUGUGGGCCAAAUCUUAGAGGCCAUUAAUGCAGAUUAUUAUACAAAAAAUAUUUCUGACUGCUCACAUAAUCUGAUCGUUAACGCUUUUCUUGAAUAUUGCGAUCGAUGGGUACUUGAAAGAUAAGUGACAGUGUUGAGCUAUUAAAUUGUCGACAUAGCUGUAAAUUUUGUAGUUUGAAAUAGCCUGAAAAGCACAUAUGUUGUAUGUAUUUAUAUUUACUGAAACUGUGUAUACUCCACUAUGGAUUCUACGAAAUCAAGCGUUAUUAUAUCCACUACAGAAAUCAGCGUUAAUGUUUCGGACGUUUCAGAGUCGGAUUCCACAGAAGAGCAAACACCGGCGUUUUUAGAAAAAACUAGCACUGCUAGUCAGCAAAGAAUACUCCUCAAUUUAGAUGUUGGUGCUGUCACACGAAUGCGGCGCAGAAGCGCGCCAUCCCUCAAAAGUAUCCAGGAAUCACCGGUAGAGAAACAUUUGUCGAAACCGUUGCUUCUUGCAGAUAUCAAUAGACCUCCAACCCCAACCACAAGUAAAAACUUUCUUUCACGACCGUCUAAUGUCAGACAUCGAAGAGGAUCAUGUCCCGCAAUCCUAGAACCAAUAAAAGAGGGACUUUUCAGUGAGCAUGAUAAGCAAGCCACUGCUCGGGCUUCUAGUCUAUCACCAAAUCUUAACCGACAGAGGCGCAAGAACAGUGCUGACCAACCACACGUCGGGCUAAGCCAAGGGUUAGUUAUUACUGACCAUCAGUUUCGCCUACGCAGCAACUCAUCGCCUAUCUCAAUUGAGACAAAGAAGCCCCUAGCAGUGGAAACACUUUUUCCUAGGCCUAGACGCAAUAGCUUAGGAUGUGCAACACUUGAUGAGCUUAAGGGGCAAUACAAACUCUUAGACUCCCGAUCAAAGGUACAGGAGGAAGAGGUCAGCAUAGACUCUUCGUCGUGUAACUUUAACUUGUUAGAGCCGACUUCAAAUGUAAUGCAUUUAUCAGAGUCUGCAUAAACAAAAGCGCAUCGAAAAACUUUUUAGCUGCUUACCAAUUUUGUAAAUCAAAUAAUAUGAUUCUUAAUCAAUGGUAGCAUUUAUCAUGAGAUAGAAAGUAUUAUAGUGGCACGACUCUCGUUCGUAUUCUUGAAACGGAAUUUACUUCUAGUUCGAACUAGGCUUUCAACAAGCACUAGUUGCAGCAUUUGAACUUUCGAUUAUUAUUCAUUAAAAAAAGCUCUAUACUAGUGUUUUAGUUCGAGUAGAGUAGUGCGGUUCAAUACAUCUUGCAAGCAGGUGCAAAAAAUCUUACAGAUCGAUGUCAACAUCGGAUUUAAAAGCAGACGAAGUUUUUUAUGCGAUACAUCAAGCACUCGUCUUAGCUCUAGGUUAAAACAUAUUUUCUCGUAAUUUUGCUCGAUAUGAAUUUAUGGCCGUUGCUGACAUACAAACUAAAGGAUGGGAUGAGAGCUGUAAUUUUGAUAAAAAGCCUUAACCCACCAUCGAGAUACGCCUGUCCGAAGACCGACCGAAUUGGGUAAACUUUUAGCAAUUAUUUCUUUUACGUACGUGGCUUUCUAACAACAAAAAUAUCGUCAUUUAAGACCGAACUGAAAUGUUUUCUUCAUGAAUUACACUUAGUAUGAUAAUGCUGCAUAUGCUACAGUUAUAACUUCUUGCAAUGAAGCAUGAGGUACAACAAUUCGUAUUUAACGAGGUAAAUAUUUCCCUAGAUAGGUAGCAAGGUCAUCUUAGUUUAGUUAUGAUAAACUGAGUUUAGUCUUAGGAAUAUGAAGUGAAGCUCAUUGAAACUGGUUGUUAAAGAUCAUUAAGAGUACGGGCGUCAGCAUAGUACUACACAUACCAUGCUGAAGUCUUUCUGCGUUUGUGAAAAUGCACAUUACAUAUAAUAGACUUACAUGCUAUAGAAUUGAUUUGUUUCACCUUAGCUUUCAGAACUUGGUGCUAUUAGUUAAUUAUCUUAUAAUAUUACUUUUAUACUUCAUUGUAUGGUAUAUGGUGCAAACAUAGGUGGUAUGAAUAUGAACAAUCUAAAUGUUUCAUUACGUAGGCCUAUGCCUAUGUUACCUUUAAAAAUCAAUACCGUACAUUGCACUGUAUUUUGAUCACGUCAUUUUCAACUUUGAAAAUGAAAUUAUGUGUAUGUUAUUUGUAUUCUAAUGUUCUUCUUAAAGCUAUUUUUAUAAAUUUCUUUACAAAAACGUUGUUACAACUGAACUGAGAAACUGAACUUGUCUUUCAAACGCAGUAUAUAAUGUAAAAUGUUACCCUAAUGUGACUUUACUGUGAUUAUUUAUUUCAUAAAAAUUAAAAGAUGUAAAGUAGGUGCUGGUGCUAGAUCAAACUUAUGAAUAUGGAAAAUCCAAAUAGCAUCAUUUUCUUUUCGUAAGUGUAUGCUUUUAAUAGAAAUACUCUAAAAAAUAAUGUUUUGUCUCUUGUAUUAAAUGCUAAAUUUGAAACAUCGAA